AUGUCGACGAGGACUGGAAUUGCCUCUUCGAUCAUUGCCUCUUUGCUGCGCUUCUCGACCUGCGAGGUGAGUUGUCGGCCUGAUCAGCCCCUGCAAAAGUGCCAUAGGGAAUCGUGUUGCGAAGCGUCGUCAUUUGCUGGUCCUUUGAUCCGAUCCAAUCACCUGGAUAUCACGAACACGAACAUGGACGCUGACGCUGACGCUUCUUUUGAUGCGGGUGCGCUCUGCUGGAUUGGACGGGUGGGCUGCGUCAAGGUGUCGGACGCGCUGAUCAAGUUGAAACAUCCUACCGGCGGACUUUUGCCUGGCUUGGACAUGUUCUCUCCAUCCCACUUGUCGGGUGAGACGCGCAUUUGUGGACCUGCUUUUACCGUUCAGGUCAGUCCAGCUUUCUUGCAGUCAGUCAAGUUCUCUGCUUGACCUCUAUGUGAAGCUGUGUUCUACACGGGACAUUUUGGGCUGACCUUUUGUGGGUUCUACGUCACUCUGCAUCAAGAUGGUGGAGGGCUCUGACAAAGAUGCACCAAAGCCUGAACAGCAUUUCGUGAGUCGCUCGCUGGUCGCAUCAUCCUCACUUACAAUACGCUACACAUGCAUGCUCUCUCAAGGCUGACCAGCGUGUCGAUGCGUGCGCCUCCACUCGGAACAGGUAGAUGCGGCGGAAAGGGAUAGCGUAAUGGUCAUUAGUGCGCCUUCUGAAGUUCGAUCGGCGGUAUGGGGAGGGCUCAUGACUGCUAGAGCUCAAGCUAGGGGAGUCAAGGGAAUCGUGAUUGAUGGAAGGUGUAGAGAUCUCAGCGAGCAUAGAGAAGCGGGAUUUGCUGUGAGUUGAACACGACUUGCGCUUGCAGGGGGAGGAAGCGAGUGUAGCGCUGUGGGCCCUUCGAGGGUCAGAGCAGGCGGCCUCUGUAUAGACGGUCGCUCCACUGUUUUUGCUCUGGGAACCGACCAUUGCUCAAUGCUCUACACUCUGCCUUUUGGCUUGUCACCUCACAGGUGUUUGCACGCGGACAUUCCACGCUUGGUCAAUCGCCCUUCACUCGUCCCUCGCUGCUCCAAUCUCCGAUCACGAUCACAGAUCCCACAUUGCCCAGCACCUCUCCAUUCCAUCAACUAGUCGUCCACCCGGACGAUUUAGUGCUUGCGGAUCUGGACGGGGUGGUCGUCGUGCCCCCUACGUUGGUGGAGCAGGUAUUGGAAUUGGCGCAGAAGGGAAGAGAAGUGGAUGAAAAGUGCAUGAAGGAUCUCAAGGAGGGCAAAGGCGUCAAGGAGACUUUUGCAAAGUGGAGAGGAAAGUAA